AGCAUGCUCUUCGUGUGCCCAUGUUUCCCACAGAAACCACGAGAUGCACAACCUCAAGGACAUCUACACAGACAGAAAGAAAAAGGUCAGCAUAGCUGUAAAGAACCUACAAACAUCAACAGAUAGUUCUAAAGAACACAGAAAGAAGCUGGCGGAACAGAAUAAAACACUAAGCGUAAUGCAAAAAAACCUUCUGAAAACCAUUGAUGAUUCUUCAACUCUGAUAAUACAGAAAGUGGAGGAAAAAGCAGAACAGCUAAAGCAGCACGUUAUUGAAAAUAUAUCCAAGCAGACAGCUGAACGAGAUGAUGAGGUGAAGCUGCUUACACAGUCAGAAGUCGCUAAGGCAGAGCAUACACUCUACUGCCAACAGGCAUUGUCGUUUGCAAGGGCUGUGGAGUUUACUGACAUGUCUGAAGGUCUUGAGAACAAAAUUAAAACAUUGACGAGGAGACCAGAACUGCGUGAUAUUGCUAUACAAAAUGUUACGGUGGAUCUGGAUGUGUUUAAAAACAUGGACAAAAUUUUACAGGAGCCUGCUAUGGUUGAUAUGUUAAAUAUGAAAACGUGUAUUGAAGUCACAGACGUCAUAGCAAACCAAAUGUCUGAGGUGAUAAAGGUUUCCCUUCUAUCACAAGGUGUUCAAUCACUGGAGUUGCAGGCAUCCAUCAAAGAUCCUAAAGAUAACAGGCAAGCAGUGAGGAACAAAAUGAAACGUUUUUCAUCCACUGUUGGACGAGUCUUGUACAAAGCAGCAAACACUGGUCCUCAUGAAAUAUUUGUCAGUGUUAAUGGAGUCCAGUUGGUUGAUCAUGGAAUUGUCUUUCAGGCGAAACACCUGGACGCAGAACAGGCGAAGAAGUUGCUUUUCAGUAUCGACGACCAGCCAAGACAAUAUCAAGAACUUCUUUUACCGCCUGUGAAGUUUGAUAGAAACAAGUUAAAUUAUGAGCGGGGUAAUAUCACAAAAGACGGAUUUCUAAUCUCGAAAGACUCAUCUUCGCGGGAUAGGCCACCGACAUGGAAAUGUUUUGUUGGAGUUCCAUCUGAGACUCCCAUCGGUGGACCUGGGCAUAACUACUGGCAGACAAGAGUAUAUUGUGGUAUGUUGGAAUCGGGAGAGUUGAACCUGACAGCAGUAGGAGCUGGGAUUUGUCCAAUUGAUAAAUGCGACGAUGGCUAUUUGAUUCACAGCAACGAAAACGCCUAUGGUAUUGGUGUCGUUAGCUGUAGAAAUCACAAACGUAUGUGUUUGUAUGUCUUCUCUCAAGGUCGUACCGUGCAGGACAUUCCCAUCGCCUCUUUCAAAACUCACGCCUCACUUCAGAUGGAUCUGGGGUUUCUGCUGAAUUCAGAUAAGAAGAUAUUGCACAUCAUCGACGUCCUGUCCAACAAAGUCAUGCACUCUAUUCAAGACAUUGACGUGUCAAAGCCGUUUCUUCCUCUCUUUGGUAUAUACAAUUCUGACACGUUUGAUAGUAAACUUAAAAUCAUUGCGAGUACAGAUCUGUUGUCUGAUGCUGCGUUGCUGCUGCUUCUUUCAAGUCUAUUGUAAUCAGAACGUCAAACUCGUGACGCUUUCAAGGUGUCCCCCUGCACAAGGCAGGGUCAUAACGCCAUAUUAUUGCACAAGGUCGGGUCAUAACGCCAUAUUCCUGCAAGAUAAACAUGGCUGCAGGGUACGAAUAGCUGUCACGUGCUUCGUCUAUAGGACUAAACCCUAUAUAUUUAGUACAAAAAUACUGAAAAUCAAAACUUUUUUGUACACCAAUUAUACAAAGGGAUUGUUUUCAUAAAUGAUUUGUUUGAUGAUGAAGAAAACAUUUUAGUUUUUAUAACGUUUAAAGGGCAGAUACAACCUAGAGACAAACUUUCUAAAUUAUGUAUCACUAGUGAAUGCUGUAAAAAAACACCUGUUACACUCAUUAACAAUACAACCUUCGAUUUCCGGUCAUGUGGGUGGUAUGAGGCGAUCACGUGUUCGUUGAACUCUCAUCUUUCCCAUCUUUUCCAGUGCCAGGACUUGUAGAAAGUUUUUUGAAAAGCAUAUCACCAUUUGUGAGUCAGUUGCAAAAUUUGAAUAACUACCAGUAAUUACUACAGACACAAGACUUCGAUUAAUUGACUUUUUUAUUCAAGAAAAAGCGUAAGUAAUUUUUUUUUCCAAUGUCAUGAACGCGCACGUGCUCCAUGAAUUUGAAGAAAGGCGAAACGUAGAAUGUGGCUGAGUAACUUUUACCUGACUAUUGAAAAUAAGAAAACAAUUUGUGAGUACUGUAGUGCUUUUGUAAGUGUUGCAAGACAGCCGACUAACAUUCUGUGUAACCAUAUAAAUAAAAAACGGGAAUAAACUCAUUAUUUAUUUCAAACGAUAUAAAUCGGUGAACUGAACGCGUGCACGGGCACGAGCAAAAAUGAGCAAAAUGAACAAAAGUCACCGAGAAACGCGACAAUCUCCAGUAGAGACUGAAAAGGAUAUCCUUUUGGCUCUUAGGUCUGACAUAAAACUAUUAAAUGAGAAAGUGGAUUCGAUGAAAGCAGACAUCAUGUGUGGACUUGGCUCCGAAGUUAAAAGAAUUGACGGAUGAAGUGAAGAAAGAAUUAAAUGAAAAGCUAGAUGGCGUUAUGUUCGAUACAGAAAAAAAUACCAAGGACAUACAAGAUGUAAACAAACGAUUGAAUUUUGUUGAAAGUAAAAUACAGCAGAGAAUUAAAACUGGAAAAAGCAACAGUUGAGAUUAGAAAUGCAUGACCGCAAACGAAAUCUUUUAAUUUAUAGGCUCCCCUUGGAAGGAGAUAUAUAAAAAGUGAGGAUCCGGAAAAGGUUAUACGGAAAAUGUUUACUCAAAAGCUUGUGUUGGACAGCACGAAAGUUGGGGAAAUAUCCCUAAUAAAUGUUAACCGUAUGUCUCGAAGCCGGACUACACCCAGCCCAGGUGGGAAGCGAAGAAGUCUCGGUUGGACCUCCACCAAUCAUUGUUGUAUUUGUUCACCAGGCCGACGGAGAUUUGGUAUUAAAUUCAGCGUAUCGCUUGAAAACAACUAAAAUAACUGUUCGCACAGACCUUCCAGUAAUGUUGAAAAAAGCCAGAGAAAAGUUAGCCAAGAUUGCUUUCGAAAUGAUAAAUGAGAAAAACAUUCAAACAAGAAUUCAUCUGCUUGACACAACGGUUAUUUUAGAAAUUCGAAACAAAAAAUCUGAUCCGUGGAAAAUCGCACCCAGUAUUAAGUUCAAUGACUUAUAAUGCCUACAUUGUUUUCUAUGUACUCUGUAAACAAACAUCACCGUGUUAUAAUGUGGGAAGUGAACAAGUGACACAAAUACUGGUGAUUAAUUGUGUAUUGCUGCAGUGUACUGAAUUGUUGUACACUUUCACUUUACUGAACUGUUGUACAUACAUAUAUAUAUUUUGAACUAACCAUUAGUAAGUAACCAGUAACAUUUCAUAUUGAAUGAAUAUGUUGCUGAACAAGUCAAAAAGGAAUAUUGGUGAAAUGUCUAUCAAUGCGACUUGGGCCGUAUACAUAACCAAGUAGGGGUUGUAAUAUUAAUGUAAUUAUAUAUAAAUAUAGUAGCCUACCUAUCAUGGGAUAACAUAUUGAGUGGUUAUUUAGACACACGUUGGCUUAACAGAUCAUCCAUGUAGGUAUGUGUACCGGUCGUUUAAAGGCUAACGUGGAGCAUAUUUAUCCCAGUAGACACAUAUUGGGUUAUGCGGACACAAACAAUAGAUCACAAGCUCUCUACUGAAUUGUAGUACUUUUUUAGUUAUUGUCAACUAAACUGGAGCCUAUAUUGGCACUUUAAUAUUUGUUUUCGGGGUCUAUUUUAAGGUAUUUGGUAUGUUGAUCUAGGGUCUUGGGAUAAAAUACAUUCUGGCAAAGUGUUUGAUUAAGUAUGCCAUUUACCAGCAUCCACCUAUAUGUAUUAUGAGCACAUGUAUUUUAUUUUAUUUUAUUUUACCUAUUUUUUUUUUUUUUUAAUUUUGGAGUGGGAGGCAGACUAGGUAGGUUGCUGGUAUUACAGUAUUUAUGUAAGGACAGGAUUGUCAGAAUUGACUUCCUUUAUGUUGAUCAAUUCUCAAAAUGUUUUUGAAUACAUGUCUGAUUGAAAGAGACUAAAGGCGUUUCAAGCAAGUAAUAUAUCAUAACAAAGCAAAGUCUACUAUUUCAUUUAUUUUCCAGUUAGUAAUGUACUACAUACAUUGUGCCACUGUGUUAGCAUAUGCAGUGUUUUUCAAGCAUAUGUAAAUGUAUCCAUACACACACUGUAUUGAAUGACAAAAGAUAAUCUGGAUAUAGUAAACUAUGUCAUUAAGCAAAACAUAAAAUUAGUAUUCAGUCUAAUUAAAAUUAGCUCCACUAUUACAUGUGGAUCUAACAGCAGUCCGUUGGAGCUCAUG